AUGUCAGAUGAAGCAGCAGCUAACACGCCUGAGUCCUCUGGACAGAACGUCAAAGUCGAGAUCGUGGUUCAGCCUCCUCUCACGGUCGGGGUUAGACGAAGGCUCAUCCCACCCGUGGUAGCUCGUACCGACCACCCGCAACUUCUUGACGACUACCUGACAGGCAGGAAGAGUGUCUUCGGGACUGCAAUGCUUACAGCCAGCAAUGGGGCCGACGUAACUGCUCUCCUGGAUGGGAAUUACAACGUGCAGGGACAGCCGGUCACGGUACACCCCGACAGUGGCGGAAACAACGGCGGUGGCAGCAGCAGCCGCCAGGAACCCCACAGAUGGAUCUAUUUCAUCUUUACCGGAAUGUCGAUUCCGGUGCCGGGCGUGUACACCUUUACAGUCUGCGUCAAUGCCCUGGUUCCAGACCAGGGCUGCGUCGUCACUGUGGGUGGAAAGGCAUCACGGGCGUUCACUGUCGUGGACCAAGCUGUUCCACCCGCAAGACCUAGUCGUGCCGAGCGGCGAGUCUUACAGACGCUAGAGACAUUCAAUCUCUACAACCCAGAUGCUUGA